ACACCGGAAGCUGUUUCAACAACACGGAGGCUGACUCAUUCAACCACCUCCGUAGCCUGGUAGCCAACAUACAACCGAAAACAUUGAAGCUCUUUGGACCAUUAUUGAUCUCGGUGUUUUUAACACAAUCCUCUUUACGUAUCUACUAUUUAACUUAAGCGUAACUUGUUUGCUCAAUUUACACAUUUGCUGAUUAUACUGAACCUAAGCUAAUCGUCAAUGCUAGCUAGCCCACCAUGAGCUCUCCAAGCUACUCUCCUCCUGCUAAAGAAGAGGUCUGCUGGACGGAGAAAGAGGGCCUGUGGCUGAACGUUGUCGUGAAAGAAGAGGGGGAAGAGGAGGAUGUUUCCGUAAAAGGAGAGGAAGAUGCUUUCAGAAUGAAAGAGGAGGAAGAGGAGGCUAUCAGUAUCACGUUUAAAGAAGAGGAAGAACCUUUUGGAGUGGAAGAGGAGGCUAUCUCAAUAAAAGAGGAGGAGGAAGACGUUUGGAGAGAUGAAGAGGGAGAGGAAGAGGAGACUGAAGAUCUGAUUAACACCAGAGAGAGACGGGACUACCGUGGGUCCUCUGGGGAGCCUCAACAACCUCAUGAUGCUGACAAGGCAGAGAAGAGUCUCUCCACAUCAGAACACCUCAAGAAACACCAGCAGAGAUCCACAGGGAAGAAACCUCACUGCUCUGACGGUGGGAAGAGAUUCACCUCCUCAGCAGGCAUUAAAAUUCAUCAGAGAAUCCACAUAGUGGAGAAACCUUAUAGCUGUACUCAAUGUGGGAAGAGUUUUACUCAUUCAACCAGCCUGAUAUCACACCAGAGAACACACACAGGAAAGACAUCUUAUAUCUGUAGCUGUGGUAUAUGUGGGAAGAGUUUUACUCGGCCAAGCACCCUGAUAUCACACCAGAGAACACACACAGGAGAGAAACGAGAGAAACUGUAUAGCUGUGAUGAUUGUGGGAAGAGUUUUUAUACAUCUAGCCAUCUUAUUGUACACCAAAGAACACACACAGGAGAGAAACCGUAUAGUUGUUCUCAGUGUGGGAAGAGUUUUUUUACAUCUAGCAAUCUGAAGAGGCACCAGAGAACACACACAGGAGAGAAACCUUUUAGCUGUACUCAAUGUGGGAAGAGUUCUACUCAGCUAAGCAACCUGAUAUCACACCAGAGAACACACACAAUAGAUAAACCAUAUAGCUGUCAUGAAUGUGAGAUGAGUUUUAUUAGCCUAAGCAGCCUGAUGUCACACCAGAGAACACACACAGGAGAGAAACUUUAUAGCUGUACUCAAUGUGGGAAGAGUUUUAAUACAUCCAGCAUUCUGACUAGACACCAGAGAACACACACAGGAGAGAAACCGUAUAGCUGUGAUCAAUGUGGGAAGAGUUUUGCUACAUCUGGCCAGCUGACUUCACACCAUAUAACACACACAAGAGAGAAACGUUAUAGCUGUGAUCAAUGUGGGAAGAGUUUUGUUCAAUCUGGCAAUCUAAAAGUACACCAGAGAAUACACACAGGAGAGAAAUCGUAUAGCUGUAAUCAAUGUGACAAGAGAUACUCUAAUAAAAGGUGUCUGAUCAAACAUCAGAAAAUACAUGAAGGAGUUGUUUCAUGAUAUCAAUGAAAUAAUGUCACAAUGUAGAAUGUUUUAACAUUGUAGAAGGAGUAUUUUAAUGAUGUCACAAUAUAGAAUGUUUUAACAUUGUAGUAGGAGUAUUUUAAUGAUGUCACAAUGUAGAACCCUAAAUGUUUGCCCCCUGUUCUAUUAAUUUCAACAUGAUAUGGAUAUUAGCCUCAGGGGGAAAAUACCAGGCUCUGAAUUGAAAGAGUACUAUUUAUGUGAUUUAACAAAAAGUGACUAACACAAAAAGAGCUGCGAUCUAUUUUCUACAAAUUGUCCUCUAACCAGGGAUGUACACAUUAUUCCCAUAUUCUGUGUGGUUUUUGAGCUGUUAGUUUUAACAGGACGCGUAACCUCAUCUCCCUUCUGUCACACAAUUAAUUUUGACAUGAUAUCGAUGAGUGAUGACAAAUAAGGGUUGUGUUCGUUUGUUUAGCGACCCCUACAUUUAAAUGCAUCACUCCAAAAUGUAGCUGACUGUCUUCUGCGGGUUGUCAUCUAACCAGUGAGGUUAAAGAUGUCUCCCAUUUCCAUGUUUAGUUGUGUUAGUUUCAACAGCACGUACAACCUGAUUUCCCCCCUAAUUGAUAUCAGUGAUUUAUUGCUACUUGUCAAAACAACAGCGUUUCUGGUGCUUGUGCAGUUUUAUAAGGAGCUUGUUUUAAAAAAUAUUAUUAUUGUGGCAGAUGUUUGUGUAUAUACCACAUGUUAGGUUUUCAAUUUAUCCCAAACUGUUUCUGCAUAUUGGUUAUUGAUUUGGACAUGUUAAAACUGUGUUUUGACAUUGGGCUAUCCUACCAAGCAACUGUGCAACCAAAUAUUUCAUAUUUACAUUUCAUGUAACAUUUGGUAAUGAUAAUUAUUUAUGCAACCAACUGAUAAUUAUAUUAACAUUGUUGCACUGCUUUUAGAAUAUCAAGGUUCAUUCUCAGAUGUGCAAACCCAAAUGUACUAGAGCAUGACAUUGGGGACUGGGACCCGAUCCAACAACAUGCCUAUCUAGUGAACUCUGAAAAGAGAGAGAAGCUCCGCAGUGAGGUGGAAAGUUACUACGGAUAUUGCAGGAGUUUCCUCUUGAAAUCAGACAUGUCCGUGGUGAGAACAACCUGGUUGCUGAUUGUCUCAAGGGGGGCAGUCAAAAUGUUUUGUGUUUUGCGUUUAGCCAGUGCAUUGCCAUGGAUCACAGUUUAUUUUUACUGCACGUUUUUCCGUAUUGGAGAUGAGUUUUGUUUGGGCUCGUUCCAAGGAGACGAGAGUUCUAGAAGCUAUCGAAAGAAAAAUCUUUGUGGGAAUAAUAAAAAAUAAAUAUUGUUUGUAAUUGUUGUUUGCCAGUAGACAGACACCAUGUUUAUAUUGGUGACGGUGAAGCAUUGUAGUUGAUUAUAAUGUGAAAUUGAAGUUGUUUUCUGUUGCUGGUGAGCAAACUUAAGGUGUUAGUUAGUCUUUGGUUUUUCCAUUUAUGUUUUGAGGUUGGACUUUAGCACGUAUAGCUCGUUAGCACGUAGGAUGCACUGAUUGGUGUCACCUCAUUAGUCAGUAUGUGUUACACCUGUGCUGGCUUGUCCAUCUCGUUAGUGGGAAGGUGUUUCACCUGAGCUGGUCCAGGGUCUAUUUAAGAGUGUCUGGCCCAGUGCUCCAGUUGUCUUGAUAGAUGUGGAGAGGCAACACCUUUAGUUGCUCCACCUUUUUGGUUUGCUUCCUGUCUUUAAGUUUGGUGUGGGUUUUUCUUUUGUUUGCCUCUUCUUGGGCAGAUUUAGUGGGUGUCAUGGUGGGUGUCUUUUAGGUCCCAGUUGUUGUUACUUGUCAAUUUUCAGUGGACACCCCCAUAGUGUCUUUCAGAGCCCCUCCUAAAAAAAACAAGCUUAUAUUUUGGGUUGGAUAUUGCAUCCAAUUAGUGUUUAAAUCAAUGGAAUUUCCUUAGAAUGCUCAUUAGUCUUUCAGUUGUUAGUCUUCUGUUUGUGUACUAAAUAUUUCUGUUUAUUUUCAUUGUUUUCUCCUGUGAAGCCAUUCUGUUGAAUCCAUGUCUGAAAUGUGCUGUAUAAAUAAAGCUUGAUUUGAUUUCAACAAAUGAA